CAGUGGGGGUGGGGGUAGAGGGUGGUUUUGACCUUUCAGAGUGCUUUUUGUUGUUUCUUUCUUUAUUUUUCUCCUAUUUUAUUAUUAAUCCUAGCCUGGUACUUCCUUUCCCUGCUAUUUGGUGCUAUAUUCUAAGGGUCCAGAUGAGUGAGUCUACACCUCAAGAGGAACCCAAGCCUGUUCAGGAAGAUGUAAAAGAAGACAAAGAGAAGAAACCAACACCAGCAGAAGUGAAAGAGCCUACUGAGAUUUCACAGGAUGUACCAGACAGUUCUAUAUCCAGCAUCAAUAACAGUACAGAAGGAAAAGCAACAGAUGAAACCCAUUCUCAAGAACUAAACCUGGAGAAGGAACCAAAACUCUCAACUGAGUCAAUAAAUGAACCCAACACUGAAGAGUCAAAGAAUGUUGUGGUUAAAAAACCUGCAAAGGUGAUUUUCAAUUUAGAGGAAAUGUCACUGAAACCAAAGAUAGAACAAUCAUGGAAAAAAGCUGUUUUUGAAAGAGUAGAUGCAAGAGCCCAAGCAAUGCAACAAAAAAUAAUAUAUAAGGACAAUCUGAAAAAGGAGCUAGAGAAACAGACUAAAACAAAGCUCCCUAAGGAUGAUUUGGCCAAACAGUGGUUUAAUACUGAAGAAAUGACCCUGAGUAUGCGUGCAUAUUUGCUUGACAAGCUCCUGCCCACAUUAAUUCCUGGAGUGGAAAAAAUGUUAAUGCAAGUGGAAAAGAAGAUUUUGACAAAAGUUGACAUCCCAACCAAGUUUGAUCCAAUUAAUUAUCUGGGUGAAUAUUUAAUGAGAAACAAUCCUAACUACAUCAAAGACCCAGGAGUGUCUGGUUAUCAGAGAGUAAUGAAAGAAGUCACGGAACACCUGAAGGUACAUGUUCCCAACACCACCUGCAACAGAGUUAGCAGGAUAAAGGAAGAUAUUAAACAGAAACGAGAACAAAGAGAAAACAUAAAAGAAGUCAAAGUCAAGGUGGUUAAUACAAGGAAACAGGCCCUGCAGGAGCAGUUUGAUGAAUGGAUUCUAGACCCGAAAGGAAGGAUUCCUAUGGCAGUGAUUCAAAAUACUCUCCUUGAUUUUUUUCAAAAACCAGGCUCGCAUCUUGAAAAAUAUUCUGAACAGUUAAAUGUUGCUGAUUCAUUGGAUCCAAGAUUCAACAAAACGGAAUUUGCAGAGUACAUCUCCUUGCACACUGCAGACUUUGAAAGUGAAAUGUUUGGGGAACUCCUUAAACACCUUUGCCACUAUGCAGAUGAAUUCAGGGAAAUAAUUAAAAACGACAUGCAGAGGAAUAUGUUUGCCAAACUUUUCCUGCAAUGUGACCAUGGGAAGGUUGGGUUUUUGGAUCGACAACGAACAUUAGCCUUGCUGGAAACGUUCUAUGACCGAAGUUCAAAAGCAACUAGAUGCUUACUUCGAAAUCCAAGACAAUGGCCAUUUAUUGAAUUUGAAGAGAUAGACUUGUCUGAGUUCUGGGGAGACAUGGAUAAUCAAAAACACAUUUAUGAAGAUUUUGACAAAACGCUCUUAGAAAUUAAUUUAUUACUUGCUGAAAAAUAUCCUAGCAAAACCCUAAGUACAUUUUUAGAAAAUUCAGAAGAUCCAGAUAAACUUGAUGAAAAUAGGAAAUCAAGUUCAUCAGAACAGCAACUUAGGAUGACUGAAGAACAAGAAACAGUAAUGAUUUCAGUCCUAGAACCAGAAGAUAGAGAGUCAGCUGGAGAACAAGAACAGUACAAAGAGAGCAUAGAAGAAAGCUCACAGUUAUGGUUAACUCCAGAACUAAAAUCGAUUAUAUCAGAACAAGAAGAAUUAGAAAGACUGUCAAUUUCAAAACAAGUAACCCCCAAGUCAACAGAAGAAGAACUUAACAGAACAUCAAUAUCAACACUAGAACUACAAAGAGGGUCAGAUGCAAAACAAAGAUCAAGCAGUGAGUUAAUAAUCAAUGAGGAACCUCAGAGACAGUCAAGUGCAGAACAAGUAUCCUCAAGGCGCACGUCAGAAAUAAAACAAAACUCAUAUGAAGAAUCAACUGCAGAACAAGAACCACAAAGAGAGGUAGUCCCAGAAGAACAACAGGAUAUAGACUCAACUUCAAAAUCAGAAAAAGAUAGUAUUUUGAGAGAAAGUGAGAAAUCUAGGGAGGAUAUUCCCUUUGAGCACAUGGAAAUCCCUCCUCAAGAACAGAGAACUCAGGAGCAAAUACAUGAAAAGGAAAUAUUCCUGAGUCCUGCAAUUGAAAAGAAAGCUUCAGCAUUAAGCAGAAAAGAUUCUUUAUCAGAAACUACAGAACAGAAAAAUCAGAAAGACAAAGCCUGUGAACCCAAAGGUAAAACAAUAGAAGGAAAGCCAUGGUCGGGUGACCUUUUAUCUUGUAAUUGGAAGGAAAAAUAUCUCAAUUGUGAAGAUGAGGAACAAGCAAAUUUAAUCUAUAACAACCCCAGACUCACAGAGCUACACUCAAUUAUCAGAAAUAUUCAGUCUUACAAGAAAGCAAAAUGUAGGAGCGCCUUCAAUAGAGAGUCCUUCAAUCUGCUCCAAUUUGUGCAACUGCUGGAGAUGUUCAUUGGUGAAGCUACUCCUCUGAGUGUCAGUGAGUCUCUCACUUCCUUUUUUAGGAAGCAUUAUGCUGAAACAAAAGAAGAGAAAAUAAAUGACUUAGAACAGGCUAGACUCAAGGCUUCCUGCACCCUACGGGGACUUCUUCUGGAAGCCCUCUUUCAGAAGUGGGACAAUGAUGGCUCAGGUUUCCUGGAUCUAAAGGAAGUUGAUCAACUCUUGUACACAUACAAGGAAGGAAUGGAAAAAGAAUCUAUGAAAAAAGCUAAACUACACUUCCCAUUCCCUAAACCACACCAUGGUUAUGAAGUGAAGUUAUCUUCAAAACAAUUUCAGAAAUACAUAGAAUUGGUGGUAGCUGAACUCAGGGGCAAUGAAGAUCUUGUUUUGGAAAGUCUCGUGGAGUUCCUGAUGAAUGCUUUAGAAAGAACCCAUGUUGAGAGUCUGAGGAAUUGUGCCAGACGCAAGUGGCUGCACCAAAUCCAGUAUGCUGCUGAGACAAGUGGAGUCUCCUUGGAGCCCGUGUACAGUGAGACUUUUAAGGCCCUCACCCAGGAUGCUGAAGCCCAUGGAAAUAAGAAAAUCAGUGCUCAUAUAUCCCUCUUAGAAGAAAACCUACGCCUUCCUUCUAGAGGGAAUGUUCUCUUGAGGAAUGUAGCCUGUACUCUGGAUGAUGCUCCGUAUGUACUGAAUGGUGUGCUCUACAGGGACAUGAAGGGGAUCAGUUUUACAGUAGUGGAUGAAGGGAAGCCAAUCCAUGUCCCCCAGGUUCAGCACCAUGGAAACAUCUUUUUCUGGAAUCAUUCCUGUAAGACUGAUCACAAUGGAUCAUUCCUGGCUCUGCCUCUUCAGGAUGCACAUAUGAGGAUCUUUGGAGUCUUGGCUGUUGACACUCUAAGAGAUCCCCAUAAAAUAAACAUCUUCCUACCUCAUGAGAUUAGAUUCUACCAGGGUGUCUCUAAUGUUUUCAGCACUGCCUAUCACUUUGUCCAUGGUCGGGAGCACAUCCUGCACGUUGUGAUCACGGGCAUCAGCUGGCUCCAAAACAUAGCGCCCACCAUCACUGCCAUCACUACAUACUUUGUUGAACCAAGUUCAGAGCAGAACUCAGAAUAUGUUCUACGCAAAAUGAUGGUUACAGGACAACAGGGUCUGACUGAAAUCCACAGAAAUCCUCCAACCAUCUCCAGGAAGUCAUGCAUUUUCAAAGAUUUCCUCUUUAAGUGUGUAGACAGUUCAGAAGUUGUUUUAACUUCUAUCUGUGGAGAAACUCACAUGGUCAUCCCACUUCGUGAGAAAACAGGAGAGGCUUUGGGAGUUCUUGACUUUAACUUUGGCAAGAAUAGGAUGUUGCUGUAUAGAGAAUUUAAAGAUCUACAGAAAAUGAUGAAAGUGAUCCAGGCUGCCUGCUAUGAAAUACUCGGUGAAUUAUCUGGAGAAGUAAAGAGGAAGUAUGUCUUAGAGAUUGAACAUGUAGGAGAAGUCCAGCGGGCAGGAAUUCUCUUUUUCCGAAUCAUGCUGCAAGAACUGCAGGAAAACUUCAGACUACUGAACCCCAUGGACAUUAUAACACUGCUGCUCUAUGAUCGUAACAUCAUAAGGCCAAACAGCAGGAUGGUGUCGGAAACCCAUGAAAAACUAGUUCAUGACAUCCUGAAAGGGAUCAUCUUGUUCUUUCAUCCAGAUUUGGAAGAAUCAGACUGGGAUAUAUGUAAAAUGUAUGUUGACAGCCAUUUUAUAGAGAAUAUCUGUACCUACGAUCCAACUGCUAAAAACAGGAAAGCUAAUUUACAGCUCAUAUAUGGAUGUAUCAAAGAUCAUACUCGAACUGAAGUGUGGGAAUUUGGCGAUAGUAUCAUUGAAUAUCUAUACCACUGGGUACACAUUUGUUUAGCUCUCACUGAGCUUACUAGGAAACUGAAUAGUGCCAUCACACCCCCACUGCCCUCCAAGACUGAUUCCUGCAUGUAUGCAAAAAUGCCAACAGAAAGCACGUAGGAUGAUUCUUGUGUACUUGGGAUUGUAUUUAUUAUGCUUUGUCAUGUUUGGUUUUCUUUGUUUACUUUAAAACACUCUGACUUCUAAAGAAGUGCUAUGUGCAUUUUCUGUUCCUAAACUUUACCUCGGCACUGACUAAAAUCAAAAGUGCUAUAAGGUGAAAUUUCAUCUUAAAAAAUAUAUCCAGUUUGAAUUGAGAUUUAAAAAUGUAUGUUAUAAAAUAUAUUUCAAGGUUUCCUUUUAGUUUUAACUUUGUAUCUUCCAUGGGACUACUAUGAAUGGCUGUGCAAUUUUGAUAUGUUGAGGGCACAAAGUAAAGAUAAGACUGAGGAUUUAGAAAAACAUGAUAGUUUCUACAUCAAAAGAGUACCAAGUAAUAAAGCUUUUAAAAAAUGAA